GUUUUGUCGCUGCAGUUUCACCACAUGGCCACUAGUGGUCACUGUGUCCUCACAAUGGGAGACGAGUUGAGGCUGCUUGGAGGAUGUGGUGGGCGUGAAACAGCAGAACUCACUUAAGGUUAAAUGCAUGAACUAUGGCGAGCUGUGCACCAGUGUUGCUUCACCUGUAGCUCUGGAAGAUUUAAAAAAAAAACACUGGGAGCUGACUUUUAAGUAGAGGACCGUUUUCUGUCAGGUGCAGCGUGUGUGUGUGUGUGUGCGCGAUGCAGCCGCAACAGUGCUGACCAACAACAGCUCGACAAGUCACAGCACCGGACGUCUGACAGCUCACUGCAGCCUGGAGGUGAUAGCGGGUCAGCGUGUGAGACUCUGAAGCCUGCCUGAGUGUGCCAUGUGUGGACCUGCGCUGCCCCUGUGUCUGCUGCUCUUCAUCGGAGGGACGCACGGUAAAGUCACAGCUCCUGCCAAUCUAAAAGCAGAGGUCGGCCGUCCCCUCCUGCUCACCUGUAACAUCACAACGACGUCCAGAGACACCGUCCAUCAGGUCCGCUGGCUCAACAAGCAGGACAAGGUCCUACUGGCUUACGAGCAAAGCACGCCGCUACGGAUCAGCCAUCAGGACCCAAACGUGCAGCUCACCACCUCGAACAAAGACGCCUCCUACAUCACCAUCAAGAGGGUGCGGCCUGAUGACGAGGGCUGCUACCGCUGCGUCUUUGACGUUUUCCCCUCAGGCCAUCAGGAAGCGCGGACGUGUGUCAGCGUCACGGGUAAAGUGCGCCAGGAGGGCAACAAGACGGCUGUGAGCGGGAAGUCCACCACCCUCUCCUGCUGGUACAGCCUCCCCGAGAGGGUGCAACAGGUGCUGUGGAGGAAGACGGCCGAGCAGGGCGACACCACGACCGUCGCCUCCCACGCCAGACACGGCCACCACAGCGUGGCCGAGCAGUUUGAGGGUCGGGUCGACUUGAGCCGAACUCUGGGCGACACCCAGCUGACCGUCCAGCAGGUGAGGACGGAGGACGAGGCGUGCUACACCUGCGAGUUCCACACGUAUCCGGAUGGCACCAAGAGCGCCACCACCUGUCUCUCAGUUUACGUUUUACCCAAACCAGAGGUGAGCCAUGUCGCCUCGUCCUCGGGAUUCACUGAAGCAAACUGCACGGCUCAGUCCCGGCCAGCAGCAGACAUCACGUGGGACGUCGGCGGGGAAAACAAAACCCUCGGACCGCCCGUCUCCUCUUCCUACGACCAGGGCGACGGCACGACGAUAGUGACCAGCACGCUGUUGUUCCAGUCAGGACUGCUCAGUGAACACUCCAUCAAGUGCAUCGUGCACCACCCGGGUCUGGAGAAACCCCUGACAGCUUUUGUGAACACAAACAUGGGUUCAGCUAUGGUCAUCCUCCUCUCGGUGUGCGGUGUCGCGGCCAUCCUCCUCCUCUGUCUGUGUGUGUGUCUCUGCAAGUGCUUCAUCUGCACUGACGACUGAUUUGGAGUCCGGCGUCCCUUCUGCUUUGAUGAAAGGACCAGCCGCGCUCGGAGCCUGACCUCGCUGCUCAGCACCGUGCCGUCCAGCUCAGCGUGCAGCGGAAGCUAACAGAGCUUUCACAGAGCCGAGCCGACACGGCCGGGUUCUGCUUCCAAGAACUGUGACGGCACUGCGUGUACAUACACAGACUCCUCCUGUCAUUUAACACUGAGUGAACAGAACUACAGCUAGAAUCUUUAAUUCUGCACAUUAGUUUUCUUUUAUUAUUGAUAUCUAUGAAUAUGUUAUUAUUUACCAUAUUCACAUGGCGGCCUUUUUUGUGUUCUUUCCCUCACUGGCCUCAAGCUGAGAUCGUGAGGUAAACAGAUGUUGGUGUAAUCCCUGGAUGCGUCUGCAGAGGGCGCUAGUUUAAGAACUAUACGAGACGCCUUCAAUCCUCUUACAUAAGCUCACUUCUCCCAGCACUGGAGAGGAGUUUUUUGAGCUUCAAAUCGUGUAAAGCUGCUCUAUAGGUCAGACUGACCAAUUGGAAAAUUAGGAUAUUUGUGAAGAAAUGGCCGCCAUGUGAAUAAAGAAAAUACUGGUUAAGUGACUUUCCUGCACUGAGUGUGUGUGAGUGUGUGUGUGUGUGUGUGUUCAAGGCAAGGUCUAAAUUAUAUUUAAUGUAGGCUGAUUUAUCUAUCGUGGGUCAUUUUUUUUUUUAGUUUGAAGGUUUCUGACUGUGCCGGGUAGCAUUUUAGGAAAUAAACCUUUUUAUAUGACAUUAACACAUAUAGUUGAAAUUUAAAUAAAGUCAUAGAUGUAAUAGUUUAAAAAAAAAACAACAACCCUAACUCAAAUUUAGUUAGACUUGAUCAGAUCAGAUUUAGUAUGAACAUUUAGCUCAAUCCUGAUUGGUCCAGUGACAUAUCUGACGUCACGCGUGCAGAUUAGCUAGAACUAAAACUUGAGAGACAGCGACGGUUGUGGUCGUGUGUGUUCCCAUGUGAAGAGGUGAGGAGACGUAGGACUCAGGCCUUUAAGGUCACAUCAGCUGACCGUUGCUGUGGCGACCGAUACGGCCGCCGCAGAGAGUUACGUCACCUAAAAACCCUCUUUUUGUGGUUUUAAAAAGCAGAUGAUUACAGGGGUGCACAGUACGUCCAAGUUACAGUAAAUGUAAAAAAAAAA